UACAACGAAUCAUAAAGUAUCGCAUCCAUUAUGUAGCUAAUGCAAGUGAAAUGUGAAUUUUUAUUAUCACGAAAAAAAAUCCAGUGCUCUUCCGAGUUAUCAGGAAAGUUCUUCAUCUUGAUUUCACCAAUCUGUAACAAUCUCAAGUCAAGAUAUAAACUUGUUGUAGUUAACCUUCGAUUUGGUUAAUUUGGAGGUGAGCGUACUUUGAACGAUAUGGAUGAGAAUCAACAAUAUAAUAUGAACUGACACUCUCAUUGCUUUAGAGACUCCCAAGUGUGUGGCUACUCUUAGAGUGGAAAUAACAAAAUUGGAAAAUUUGAAUUGGAAAAAAAAAGAAGAAUUGAAACAUGGCACCUAAAAUUGAAAGAGUUGUUGAAAAUAUAGAACUAGGAGAGGGACCACACUGGGAUAUUGCCUCUCAAUCUCUUUACUUCGUGGAUAUAUUCUCCAAAACCAUCAACAAAUAUGAUCCAUCCAAGAAAAAACACACUAAAGCCCAUUUUGAUACCUACGUUUCCUUCAUAAUUCCUGUGGAAGGAGAGAAAAAUAAAUUUGUUGUAGGUUUAGGAAGGCAUAUUGUUUUUGUUACUUGGGACGGUGAAAGUGAAACAGUUGAAGAAAUGAAAAUGCUUUCGGAAGUUGACCACCAGUCUCCAGAAAGUAUGGAAAAUAGGCUGAACGAUGCCAAAUGUGACACAACAGGAAGAUUAUGGGCAGGAACAAUGGGAGUAGAAAAAAUAAAUGGUAACGUUAAACCAAACAUGGGAUCUUUCUACAGUUAUUCAGAUAGAAAACUGAAGAAACAUUUCAACCAAAUUGGGAUUUCAAAUGGUCUUGCUUGGAGUAAGGACAAUAAGAAACUCUUCUAUAUAGAUUCUAUGAAAGGAACUGUUGAUCAGCUCGACUUCGACAUUACUAAUGGGGAAAUUUCAAAUAGAAGAACACUAUUUACCUUUGGCGAAAGUCAAAAGGGAGGCUUACCAGAUGGCAUGACGAUAGAUGAGGAUGAAAAUUUGUGGGUAGCUUGCUUCAACGGAUACCAAAUCAUCAAAAUCGACUCGAAAACGCCAGAAACUCUCUUAGACACAAUAUCGCUACCAGCCAAACAGGUUACUUCAGUAGCUUGGGGAGGAGCCAAUUUAGAUGAACUUUACGUUACUUCCGCAAAAUUUUUGGUAGAUGGCGUUGUUCUGAAUCCUCCAGAUCAUGGAAGUAUUUACAAAAUUACUGGGUUAGGUACCAAAGGACUACCUAUGUCGAAUUUCAAAAUUUGAUGGAAAAUUAUUCAGUAUAUUUAUCCAUUGUCACUCAAUGAAUUUUUUACAUUUCCUAAGUUUAUCAAUAAAGUUAUAACUUUAGAA